GAGGAUGGGUCCAUCCCAUGUGGGGGGCACUGUAUGUGCACUAGGCUCAAUUAUCUGAGCUGGAAACUGGGGUGAGGGGCAGGGCCCACUGCGUCCUGUUCUGCGCUGCACCCAUGGUGGGUGGUGUGUGUAUGGGAGUGGGUGUGAGAUCCAGCUGUUCAGGCUUCAGCGGAUGGUGGAUUACGCAGGGGGCGAGGGCGACUUGUAGCACCGCUUCUGACGUGGAGCCAAGAGAAGCCCCGAGCUCCAAGCUCCGGACAGGUGCUGCGAGCUGGCUAAGUGCCCAGCCCCGCCCUAGGCGGGACCAGCCGCGGGACAGGAACUGCCAGCGCUCGGGCCGGAGAGUUAUUUGUACCAGCGCCGCAGGUACGGACGGCCCUCAGGGACACACGAGAAGCAGGCCUCCCACCGCGGGUCCCAAGGCUGCUCCCAUGCCGAGUCCCUCCUCUCUGUCGCGGCGCCCGCCGCCGCUGUUACUGCUGCUGCUGUCGCUGUGGUCAGUCUGGGCUCAAGUGCCCGUCGCAGCCACCCCCACGGCAACCCCGGGCUCCCCGGACUGCCCCGAGGCGUGCGCGUGCGCGCCGGGCGGCCAGGCCAACUGCUCGGGAAGAGCGCUGUCCGCGGUGCCCGUGGGCCUGAGUCGGCGCGUGCGCGCGCUGCUGCUGGACCACAACCACGUGCGCGCGCUGCCGUCCCGAGCCUUCGUGGGCUCUGACGCGCUGCGGCACCUGGACCUGCGCGAGAAUGGGCUGCGCUGGGUGCACGCGCGGGCCUUUUGGGGCCUGGGCGUGCUGCAGCAGCUCGACCUCAGCGCCAACCAGCUGGAGGCGCUGGCGCCUGGUACCUUCGCGUCGCUGCGCGCGCUGCGCGCCCUCUCGCUAGCCAACAACCGGUUGGCGCUCCUGGAACCCGCGGCGUUGGGUGCACUCCCGCUGCUGCACGCGCUCAGCUUGCAGGACAACGAGCUGUCUGAGCUCGCGCCCAAUCUGCUGGCCGGCCUGCCGUCUCUCAACGCGCUGCGCCUGCGCGGCAACCCCUGGGCCUGCGGCUGCGCGCUGCGCCCGCUCUGCGCCUGGCUGCGCCGGCACCCGCAGCCAGCGCCAGAAGCCGAGACAUUGGUCUGCGUGUCGCCGGGGCGCCUGACGCUCAGCCCCUUGACUGCCUUCUCCGACGCCGCCUUCAGCCACUGCGUGCAGCCACUCGCACCGUGGGACCUGGCGGUGAUCUACGCGCUCGGGCCGGUCUCCUUCCUCACCAGCCUGGCCACCUGCCUAGCGCUGGGCUCGGUGUUCACCGCCUGCCGCGCGCGCCGCAGGCGCCGCGCCGCCGCCAGCCGCCCACGGAGGCGACCUCUGAACUCCGACGUCGGCUGGGCCUCGCCUGCAGACCCUGGGAGCCCCGCUGCCGCCGCUCAAGUCUGAAUGGGCCGUGGCUGCCCUCCAGUCUUUCCCCUCUCCCCUGCCCUCCUUCACAGUCCCUGCAGGCGUCAACAAGCGACACAGACCGAACAUUUCGUGACAUUCUUUUAGGCAUCACCACUGCACACACCGGGUCAGGGG